CCCGCCUCUUUCCCCACUCCCCUCCCUGCCACUGGUCCGUGCUUAGGGGCCCCGAGUGCUGGCCGAGGCUCAGUCUGCGAGCUGGAGCGGCCCGAGCCCGGGGCGCCCGCGUCCCCUGCGUCCCUCCUCCCAGCCUGGGCCCUGCGCCCCCGGCCACUCUGGCCUUUUUUUGCCGAGAGGGAGAGACUUCUCGCGUCGCCAUUUCUGGACUAGGCUGCUGCUUUCGGUGCUUUUUCUGCGGGUGCCUUUGCAAGCGGCAGCACCGGGGACCGACCCGCGCCAGGGUCGGGGUGUUGCGAGCGCCUCCCGGGGCUUCAGCUCCGCGCACCACCGCUCUGGACUCGUUCAGUUGGAUUUGGGCCGGGGGGUGAGCGCGGGGGGCUCGGCAGAGAUGAGAGCCUCAGGCCGCCUUCGUCUUCCAGAAAGGAGGCUCAGAUGAGCCCCUGCUGACUUGAGAGAGUAAGAGAGACCACGCUGAUUGCUGAGAGGAACUGGAAGAAGAAAAAAAAAUCUCAAACUCAGUGAGAAGAACUCGCUCACCAUGAGCAGCAGCGCUGUGUUGGUGACUCGCCUGCCAGACCCCAGCAGCAGCUUCCGAGAGGAUGCUCCCCGGCCCCCAGUUCCGGGAGAAGAAGGGGAGACCCCACCUUGCCAGCCCGGGGUGGGAAAGGGCCAGGUCACAAAACCCAUGCCUGUCUCCUCCAACACCAGGCGGAAUGAGGAUGGGUUGGGUGAGCCCGAGGGACGGGCAUCUCCUGAUUCCCCUCUGACCAGGUGGACCAAGUCCUUGCACUCUUUGUUGGGCGAUCAAGAUGGUGCUUAUCUCUUCCGGACUUUCCUGGAGAGGGAGAAAUGCGUGGAUACCUUAGACUUCUGGUUUGCCUGCAACGGAUUCAGGCAGAUGAACCUGAAGGAUACCAAAACUCUUCGAGUCGCCAAAGCAAUCUACAAAAGGUACAUUGAGAACAACAGCAUUGUCUCCAAGCAGCUGAAACCUGCCACCAAGACCUACAUAAGAGAUGGCAUCAAGAAGCAACAGAUUGAUUCCAUCAUGUUUGACCAGGCGCAGACUGAGAUCCAGUCGGUGAUGGAGGAAAAUGCCUACCAGAUGUUUUUGACUUCUGAUAUAUACCUCGAAUAUGUUAGGAGUGGGGGAGAAAACACGGCUUACAUGACUAACGGGGGACUGGGCAGCCUAAAGGUCGUGUGUGGCUAUCUCCCCACCUUGAAUGAAGAAGAAGAGUGGACUUGUGCUGACUUAAAGUGCAAACUUUCACCCACUGUGGUUGGCUUGUCCAGCAAAACUCUGAGGGCUACAGCGAAUGUGAGGUCCACGGAAACUGUUGAAAAUGGAUACAGGCCCUUCAAGAGGAGCGAGCCCGUCAAUCCAUACCACAUAGGUUCUGGCUACGUCUUUGCGCCAGCCACCAGUGCCAACGACAGCGAGAUCUCCAGUGAUGCACUGACUGAUGACUCCAUGUCCAUGACGGACAGCAGUGUAGAUGGAAUCCCUCCGUACCGCGUGGGGAGUAAGAAACAGCUCCAGAGAGAAAUGCAUCGCAGCGUGAAGGCCAAUGGCCAAGUGUCUCUACCUCAUUUCCCGAGAACCCACCGCCUGCCCAAGGAGAUGACCCCCGUGGACCCCGCUGCCUUUGCGGCUGAGCUGAUCUCCAGGUUGGAGAAGCUGCAGCUGGAGCUGGAGAGUCGGCACAGCCUGGAGCAGCGGCUGCAGCAGAUCCAAGAGGAUGAAGAGAAGGAGGGCUCCGAGCUCGCACUGGGUUCCCGGGACGCGCCCGCCCAACACCCCCUCUGCCUCCUGCCCUCCAGCAGUUACGAGGAGGACCCGCAGACGAUUCUGGACGACCACCUGUCCAGGGUCCUCAAGACCCCCGGCUGCCAGUCCCCCGGCGUGGGCCGCUACAGCCCCCGCUCACACUCGCCCGACCACCACCACCACCCCCAGCUGUACCACCCCCUCCUCCCGCCCGGGGGCAAGCUGCCCCCCGCUGCCUCCCCAGCCGGCUGCCCCCUCCUCGGGGCCAAGGGCUUCGUGACCAAGCAGACGACGAAGCACGUCCAUCACCACUACAUCCACCACCACUCCGUCCCCAAGACCAAGGAGGAGAUUGAGGCAGAGGCCGCACAGAGGGUGCGCUGCUUCUGCCCCGGGGGCCCCGAGUAUUACUGCUACUCCAAGUGUAAAAGCCACCCCAAGGCCCCGGAGCCCGGGCCGGCGGAGCCGUUCGGCGGCAGCAGAGGCGGCACCCUGCCCAAGCGCAAUGGCAGAGCCCCUGAGCCCAGCCUGGCCGCCAGGGACGGAGCGGGGGCGCUGCAGCUGCCGGGGGAGGAAGGAGACAGGUCGCAGGAUGUCUGGCAGUGGGUGCUGGAGACCGAGCGGCCGAGCAAGCCCAAGCCCCAUAGUGCCCAAAGCACAAAGAAGGCCUACCCCUUGGAAUCGGCCCGCAUGUCCCCAGCCGAGCGAGCAGGCCGACACCACCUGUGGGGGGGCAGCAGCGGGCACCCCCGAGCCACCCCCCGCACCCACCCAUUCACCCAGGACCCUGCGAUGCCUCCCCUGACCCCUCCCAACACCCUGGCGCAGCUGGAGGAGGCGUGCCGCAGGCUGGCGGAGGUGUCGAAACCCCCAAAGCAGCGGUGCUGCAUGGCCAGUCAGCAGAGGGACAGGAGCCACGUGGCCACUGGUCAGACGGGAGCCACACCCUUCUCCACCCCAAGCCUGGCUGCAGAAGAUCACAAAGAGCCAAAGAAGCCAGCAGGGGUCCACGCGCUCCAGGCCAGCGAGUUGGUCGUCACUUACUUUUUCUGUGGAGAAGAAAUCCCAUACAGGAGGAUGCUGAAGGCUCAGAGCCUGACCCUGGGCCACUUUAAAGAGCAGCUCAGCAAAAAGGGAAAUUAUAGGUAUUACUUCAAAAAAGCAAGCGACGAGUUUGCCUGUGGAGCGGUGUUCGAGGAGGUCUGGGACGAUGAGACCGUGCUCCCCAUGUACGAAGGCAGGAUCCUGGGGAAGGUGGAGAGGAUCGACUGAGCCUCAUGGACCUGGCGGCAGCCGGUGGUGGGGCUGGAGCCCGCACCACGGUCUGGGGCGAGAGCGACCGCCAUGCAACGUGUUGAAGGAAGAAAAAACCAAUGAAGACAAAGUCUAGGGAAGAAUUGGCCACUGCGCCUUCAGGAGGGUUGGGGGGAGGUUGGUUUUCAUUAUUCACAAGCUGGGUACUGAGAUAAGAAAAGCCUGAACUAUUUAUUAAAAAUAUGACCACUCUUGGCUGUUGAAGAUGCUGACUGUGUCUGAGAGACCGCCAUACAUAAUAUAUGACUUCCUAGGGAUCUGAAAUCCAUAAACUAAGAGAAACUGUGUAUAGCUUACCUGAACAGGAACCCUUACUGAUAUUUAUUGAACACUUGCUUACCCCUGCCCCCAGUUUAUGGAUAUGCUGCUUUAACCACGGAAGGGGGAGAUGGGACGUUUUUGUUGUUCUGUCUAAACUUAGGAGUUGAGCUCGGAGUGCAUGAAUGGUUUCUGCAUUAAAAGAGGAAUUAUGCUCGGCCCUGCGUUUUCUCCAAGUGAAGAUAGGCUUUUUUUUUUUUUUUUAACGGUGCCCUACCAUUGACAACACAGAAAUUGGUGCAUUUAUUUUCUACGCUGCUGUAUUUUGUCAUAAAGGUCUUGAGGUUUGACUUACGUUGCAAUAAUACCACCAUUUUGGGGUCAUCUUGUUGGAUGGGCUGGUCAUUGCUGAGUUGGGGGGGCCUCUGGGGGGGCCCUGGAUUCCCCCUGGGAGGACCAGGGCCCCAUGGCUGAGGCCUAGAACAGCGCUGUGGUUCAACUUGUGCUUUUAUUGAAAUAACUGUUCCUUGGAGUCUUUGUUUUUCAAUUACUCUUGGGGCCGCAGCCAUCCUGGGAACUGCCCCCCUCACCCCCACCCCCCUGGCCCUGCAAAGAAGGGAACAGUUGUGGGAAGACCCAGCAGCACCCUUUCUCCUCCAGACCCCUCCACCUGGCGUCCGGGUUUUUGUGUUAAGUUAAUCUGUACACCCUGUUUGCCCCGUCACUUGUACAUACGUCUGUAUAUAUCGUACGGCAAAGAGUAUUAAUCCACUAUCUCUAGUGCUUGACCUUGAACCAGUACAGUACCUGUACCUGCACGGUGUCCCCAUCCGUGUGUCGCCCUAUAUUGAGGGCUCGAGCUUUCCCUUGUUUUUUGAAAGGGGUUUAUGUAUAAAUAUAUUUUAUGCCUUUUUAUUACAAGUCUUGUACUCAAUGACUUUUGCCAUGGCAUUUUGUUCUACUUAUACUGUAAAUUAUGCAUUAUAAAGAGUUCAUUUAAGGAAAAUUACUUGGUACAAUAAUUAUUGUAAUUAAGAGAUGUAGCCUUUAUUAAAAUUUUAUAUUUUUCAAAA